UCUAAACACACCAACUUCUCUCUCUGCAACCACUGCAUACUUUCUCUCUCCUCCAUUUCCAGGACCAUAUCAUCUUCCUCACACUAAAAAAACACCCCCUGCUCUGAUUCCCUCUCUAAAACCAGAUGCUCAAUUUCCGUCUCUAACUCUCCAACAUCCAUGAAUCGAAGUCAUCAUCCCCCUCUCUCACACUAAAAACCCCUGCUCCGAUUCCCUCUCCAAAACCCAAAAAUCACUUCUCAUUGUUUCUCUCUCCUCGGGGAUUCCAAACCGCGCCCCUCUCUCUCAAGCUGAAAGCACUCAUUUUCUCUCUCAAAAACGAGAUUCACACUGUUUCUCUCUCUAAGGAAUCCAUGGCUACUCUCACAGUAGCAGCGACCUGUAAUGGCAGCCUGGUCAAGACCUACAGCUUGGAAAGCUCAGCGUCUCAUCUCAGAGACGCCUCCUUCUCUUCAUAUCUCAUCAAUGGAGAUGAAACCAGUUCUCGAAAGCUCUCGGACCAGAACCCGGCUUCCAUUACGGCCUCUGAACCUCCUCUUCAUCGCCCGAGCUUCAACAAGAAGCUCAACAAUGACGGAGAGAUAAGGAUUUUUGAUGCCGAGAAAUAUUUCAGAGGAGAAUUCGCCAUGAAUUUGAAGACAGAGAACCUAAACCAGCAAAAUGGAGAGAACGCACAAUUUGAAAGGACCCAAAUGAACCAAAGAAGGACUAGGGAGAUCCCCAGAGCUCCAAGCUCCUGCUCUGAAGCGAGCUGGAACAGCAACACAGCUCUGCUACGACGUUUAGAGAGAGAAACUCAUGAGAGAGAGCAAAAACAGGGCCAUGGCAAGAAAAUUCUCAGAGCUUUGGGGUGCAAUUCAUGCUCUGGUAAGAAAUCAGUGAAUAUAGAGGAGAAAAAACCGCCCCAAAAUUCAAAUUUAACGGCUACCUGCAAUAACAGCGGUGCCGUAAUUUCGGUUAAAUCCGGAGAGAAUGCAGAAUUCCGGCGUCGGAAAAAUGAGGAAGCAUUCUCCUUCCCGGUUUUGGGCACCCAAGGUCCGACGGCUAUAGAGAAGCCACGUGUCUCGCUCGAGAUCUUCGGGUCCCCAUUAUUGCAAGACGAAGAGAGAGCCCUCGCUCUAAAGAAGCGGUUACUGACUCUCUCUCUAACUGACACUGGCCGGGAAUUCCAUAACUCGACGAGUUCCGGCAGGAUUCCAGCAAAUCAAAUCAUUGUCCCGGCGCCUCAGACCGACUUUACUCCAAGUCAAAGAGGUCUCAGGCCGAGUCAAAGGAACGAGUCGGACGUGGAGAGUGACUCGAGCUCCGACCUAUUUGAGAUAGAGAGCUUUUCCACGAACUCCCACCAAAUUAUCCGGCAGCCGGAAGGUGACGACUUCGCUGGGAAAGUGUAUUACGAGCCAAGCGAAGCCAGCAUCGAGUGGAGCGUGGUCACCGGUAAUUUCUCGGUGACACCAGACUCGGGCGAUUUUCAGGCCACCAAAGUCCAAGGCCGGGCCAUUUCGAAGACAACGAUCUCCGGUGCCUCCAUCCGUCGGAAGAGGAGGAGCGGCGGUUUUUUCAUGGGGUGCCAAAGCGCGAAGGCAGUGAGGGUGAUGGGUGGGUCCCACACGAAGACACGCGGCAGGAAUCGGGAGAGGUUCUCCACGAUGAACAGCUCCGAUCCUUCUCACAUGCGGAUGGUGGCGGGGAGGACGAUCCAACGAUCCAGGCCUUUGCACGAGCCUCGAAUCGUCGCUAUGUGAUGAAGGAAAGAUGGCACGCGCACGGGGUUAGGCCCCUAGGCUUAUGCACCAUGGGCGGAUUUUAAGCACUUUGCAGGAAAAUUUCUAUGGUAAAAUGGUAAUUUCCUAUUGUGUUUAGACAGGUCUCGUACCGGUAGUGUUUUGGUGUAAAACUGGAUUUGGUCAAAAACUUGUUAAAAAGUACAACCCAACCGACUUGAUUGUCCAAACAUAAUGACCAAGUCUUUUUCUAAUAGAUUAAACUAUUAUUUAUGUUUUUUAAAUAUUUUUUAAAUCUGAUUGAUUCGGUUCGCCGAUUUUGUUUAGACUGGACCCUAGCUGAUUCGAUACCCCAUCCGAUCUUGAGAAUAUUGGUUUUAGAGUCCGUCCUCCUUGUUUUUUUUUUGUUUGUUUGUUUUCUAUCAUUUCCAUGUUUGUUAAGAGUAGCUAAGGACUUUCUAAUGGUCAAUAAGCCUUUUAUACUUAUGCAUCCAUCUUAUUUUUUGUAUUUGUUUGUACCAAACUUUGGAGCUAUGAGAAUGUUAGAUUAUUGAUUUCAUGGCAACGAACCUGUAUUCAUACUGAUCUAUUUGUAUGUUACCGAUAAAAAAAAA